UGGGGGUCGAAUCGGGCGGCUGCGGGCCGAAGCGAAGGGACGGACUUGGAGCGGACAGCAGCGGGGAGGAGGAAGAAUCUGCGGGACGCGACUUGUUUGCUGGGAAAGACAUCGCGGCGCAAUGGCGAGGGGAAACGAUGAUGCUGCAAAGGUUCAAAAUGGAGGCAAAGUCAAGCAUUCGCCAAAACUGUGCGGCACCAACUACCCCUUGAGCAUCGCCUUCAUUGUGGUGAAUGAGUUUUGUGAGCGAUUCUCCUACUAUGGCAUGAAAGCUGUGCUCACGCUGUAUUUCAUCAACUACCUGCACUGGGACAAGGACCUCUCCACGGCUGUGUACCAUGCCUUCUCCAGCCUCUGCUACUUCACGCCCGUGCUGGGGGCCCUCAUCGCGGACUCCUGGCUGGGCAGGUUCAAGACCAUCAUCUACCUCUCGUUGGUGUACGUCCUCGGCCACGUGGUCAAGUCCACGGGAGCGAUUCCGGCUGUGGGCGAGAACGUCACUCACGUAGUGCUGUCCAUGACGGGCCUCGUGCUCAUCGCCUUCGGGACGGGGGGCAUCAAGCCUUGCGUGGCGGCCUUCGGGGGCGACCAGUUCGAGAAGGAGCACACAGAAGAGAGGAGGAAGUUCUUCUCCAUCUUCUACAUGGCCAUCAACGCUGGCAGCUUGCUGUCGACGAUCAUCACACCCAUCCUGCGAGGGGACGUGCAGUGUUUUGGGGGUGACUGUUAUGCCCUCGCCUUCGGGGUGCCCGCAGCUCUGAUGAUCAUUGCCCUCGUCGUGUUCGUUGCCGGCAGCACUCUGUACACGAAGAGCCCCCCGGGAGGGAACGUCCUGCUGGACGUGUGCAAGUGCAUAGGGUUUGCACUGAGGAACCGUUGGAGGAACUCGAGUCGGGAGCCACGGCGAGCGCACUGGCUGGACUGGGCCCAGGAGAAGUACUCGAAACGCCUUAUCUACGAGAUCAAGAUGGUCCUCAGGGUUCUGGUGCUCUUCAUUCCGCUGCCCAUGUUCUGGGCUCUCUUUGACCAGCAGGGAUCCCGAUGGACGCUGCAGGCUACCAGAAUGAACAUGGGUAUAGGUUCCUUUGUGGUGAAGCCCGAUCAGAUGCAGAUGCUGAAUUCUCUGCUCAUCCUUGUUUUUGUGCCCAUCUUUGACAUGAUACUUUAUCCGCUCAUCGGCCUCUGCAAGAUCAAAUUCAUGCCCCUGAAGAAGAUGGCUAUUGGCAUGGUUUUGGCAGCACUGGCUUUUGUUGCAGCCACAGUGGUGGAACUGAAUGUCACCAAAACCGUAGUGGAACCUCCGCUGGCAAGAGAGAGCCUCCUGCAGGUGGUCAACCUGGCUGAAGGGGAUGUCAACGUUGCCAUCGAUGGGACCGGCCUCUUCCCUCAUCCCAUCGGGCCGUACGAGGACCCCGUGGAAUAUCAGAAGCUACAGCUGAACGGAGUGAACGAAAGCCACAUGGUUAACGUCACAUAUGGCGAUGAAACUGUGCGGUGCCCUUUGACCUUUAACGAAGGGAAGGCGUACAGCCUCUUCCUUCACAGAGGACCCUCUCGCAUCCGGUGCAGUCUUGUAGAAGAUCACAUUGAGAAAUCAGAGGAUGGUGAUGCACAUGUGAGGUUUGUUAAUACCCUCCCAGAGAGCCUGAACGUGUCUGUCGCGGCAGGUGUGGACUUCGAGAUCCGGGAGGAUUUCGGUGUCUCGGCCGCAAAGAGCGUGGCGCGAGGACAAUACAAGGAAGUGAGGUGUAACGCGGGACUAAAGGAGUACUCCGUAGACUUGGGCUUGCUUGACUUUGGGGCGUCGUAUACCAUCGUUCUCAAGGAGGGCCCGGAAGGACUCCGGGCGUUCAAGAUGUUGGACAUCCAGGCCAACGACGUGCACAUCACCUGGCAGAUCCCGCAGUACGUCCUGAUAACGGCAGCGGAGGUGAUGUUCUCCGUCACGGGCCUGGAGUUCUCCUACUCUCAGGCGCCACCCAACAUGAAAUCGGUGGUGCAGGCAGGCUGGCUACUGACCGUGGCCUUCGGGAACGUGAUCGUGUUGAUUGUGGCCGAGGGGGCGGGGCUGAAACAGUGGAUGGAGUUCCUCCUAUUCGCCAGUCUCCUGAUCGUGGUCUGCAUCAUCUUCUCCAUCAUGGCUCACUUGUACACCUAUGUGAGCCCCGAGCAGCUGGACACCAUGUUCCAGGAUGGCGACGGUGGCGGCGGCGGUGACGGGAACGAUGACGGGGACCUCAAGAAGUGCCAGACGGAGCAACUGAGUCUGAUCGCAGUGGCCAGAGAGAAAGAAAAAUGCUCAACAGAUUGAUCUCCUGCCAAAAUUGGCAUUUUUUUAGGCAACAGGUGUGGAAAAAAUCCGUUACUUCAAGUGUAUCAAUAGAGCAAGUGCUAAACGCUGAACCAAAUCAGUGUCGCAGUAUUGGCCGCUGCCAUCCAAGUCUCGCUCUCCAAGGGCGCGCUGGGCCCUGCGGUGUCCUGGGGGUCGGCCCUCUCUCUAAAACCACCCAAGAGUUUCAUCACAGCUUUUCUCCGCCUAUAAACAGCGACCUAGUUCAUACUGUGAUUUUUGGUCUCUUCUGCAAUGUCCACCACAGGAAAUACUCUGAUUAUUAAUAGCAGGAGCUGUGGGUCUUGGAAGUGCAGCUCAGGGCUGGACAAUUUCCAUAACUGGCACAUCUUGCUCUUUUCUUUUUCUGUCUCGGGAUUUAAUGCCAUGUUUUAAUACCUCGGUACUUUGCUUCAAGAAGUUGCUCACAUCAGCUGGUGGAGGACGUGUCGUGGAAUUACGACGACCGAUCCAGCCGACCCCCCGGGGACGGGAACCUUCCGUCACGGCAAUUAAGUCGCAAGCAGUGAAUUAUAGCUCCAAUACACACCUGAGUGUGUACUGGUGCAAUUGCCCACCGCUUCAAAUAUUCCUGUUUGGAGGUUCUGAA